AUGUCGAACAAUGCUCCUGGCUGGUCACGAAUCAACUGGUCAUACGAAAAUCAGCUUUGUCAGUUGAUUGCACUAAAACCGAAAGAUGCAGAAGAAACCAUUCUGAUAAACCGCCCAAAGCAUGUGAUCGUUAAUGCUGACAUACUUCAGGCUGGUGGUCCUGAAAAAAUGUCAUUUUCAAUUUGGUGUAAGGGAACUUCGACGAGAAACAUCUCCUACUGUCAUCUCAGUCUCAUUUCCAUGAUGAUUGGAGAAAAUGUGGCUGAUUUGACAAAUGAAACCACCUUAUCUGCUGACUUCAAUGGAUCUCAAAUGAACAGGAUGACAUUUUCUGUGGAUGCAAAGAAACUUGAAGAACUCAGAAAAAAGAACUUGGGAGAAGUGAUCGCAUUCGAAAUUUCCAUACGAAUGGUGGAUAUGGCCACGGAAAACGGUCAGAAAAUAUUGAUCAUAAAGAAGACGGCAGGAGAUGUACCUUGUGAAGAAAAAUUUAAGCUAUCAAUCGAAGAGACCACGAAUCUCAAGGCUUCGCUUGACACAGUGAUACGCAGUUCGGCAAUCGAUGCUUAUCCCGGGCAAGUUAAAUCCAAACUACUUUGCUUACAUAACCCAGGUCAUCCCAUACAAUCAUAA